UUAGAUCCAAUUGGGUCUGAAGCCAAUAAAGGAGGAUUGGGCGAAUCGGCCGAUCCGAAACUAUAUCUUUGCUACAAGUCGAAAGCGAUUUGAAAGACGUUCUCGCAAUCCUAUUAGGGUUUCCAUAGCGCUAGUCCCGUUGGUCCGGCUCCAGCCUCGACGAAGAAGAGAGCGGAGAGGGAUCGGAGACGUGUGGGGGGAUAUGGACUCCUCGUUGUCGUCGGCGUUAGCGCGGCAGACGUGGGAGCUGGAGAACAACAUCGUGUCUGUGGACGGCGGCAGCGGCGGUAACGGGUCAGGCGGGUCUGAUGCGGACGCGAUCUACUACUACGAUGAGGCGGUGCUGGCCAAGUUCCAGCAGGAGAAGCCGUGGACGCAGGACCCUAACUACUUCCGUCGGGUGAAGAUCUCGGCGCUUGCGCUGCUGAAAAUGGUGGUGCACGCUCGCUCCGGCGGCACCAUUGAGGUGAUGGGCCUGAUGCAGGGGAAGACCGAUGGCGAUACCAUCAUCGUCAUGGACGCCUUCGCUCUUCCCGUCGAGGGCACCGAGACCCGCGUUAAUGCGCAGGCCGACGCCUACGAGUACAUGGUUGAGUACGCCCAGACCAACAAGCAGGCUGGAAGGUUGGAGAAUGUAGUGGGUUGGUACCACUCACAUCCUGGUUAUGGAUGCUGGUUGUCGGGCAUUGAUGUGUCAACACAAAUGCUCAAUCAGCAAUUUCAAGAACCAUUUUUGGCUGUAGUAAUUGAUCCUACAAGAACUGUAUCGGCUGGGAAAGUGGAAAUUGGUGCAUUCAGGACAUAUCCUCAAGGAUACAAACCCCCUGAUGAGCCAGUGUCAGAGUAUCAAACUAUCCCACUUAACAAGAUUGAAGAUUUUGGUGUUCACUGCAAACAGUAUUAUGCAUUAGAUAUUACUUAUUUCAAGUCUGCUCUGGAUUCCCACCUCUUGGAUUUGCUGUGGAAUAAGUACUGGGUAAAUACAUUGUCUUCUUCACCUCUCCUAGGUAAUCGAGAUUAUGUUGCUGGGCAAAUUUCAGAUUUGGCUGAAAAGCUGGAGCAGGCAGAAAAUCAACUGGCUCACACACGUUUGGGAUCUUUUCUUUUGCCUUCACAAAGAAAAAAGGAGCCAGAGGAAUCUCAGCUGGCCAAGAUAACACGUGAUAGCUCCAAAAUCACAGUUGAGCAGGUGCAUGGUCUCAUGUCUCAGGUUAUCAAGGACAUUCUGUUUAAUUCUGUUCAUCAUACAAGCUGUAUACCCCCCAGCCUCACCGAUUCAUCUGGACCAGAACCCAUGGUUGAAUCUUGAAGAAGCAUAUAUAAGUUAAUGAGCUCUUCUUGCAAUAUCUUACACCUGAAACAUUCUGGUGAUCUGAGACAGUUAUAUACAUCUUUGUUUGGCUUUGUAUUUUCGUACUAAAAUUUUCACAACAGUUGCCUUUAAUUGCCAGCACAGUUUAUGUUUCUUGUCUGUCAUUGUUAGGAAAUUUAGCAAUGAAAAAACCUCAGCUACUUCCUUGUUAA